ACAACGAGAUAUUACUUUCAAAAGUUCUUAAAGAUCGACAUAAUGAAGUUUUUCUUUGUACAAAAUUUGGUUAUGUUCGCACAGAAGAUGGGAAGUUUGUGGGAGUAAAUGGGAAGCCAGAGUAUGUUCACGAAGAAUGCGAAAAAAGUUUACAAAGAUUAGGUGUUGAUUAUAUUGAUCUUUAUUAUCAACAUCGUGUCGACCCUAACGUACCGAUUGAAGAUACUGUUAAAGCUAUGGCUGAACUUGUUGAAAAGGGCAAAGUUAAAUAUCUUGGACUUUCCGAAUGUUCGGCUAAUACGCUUCGACGAGCUUGCAAAGUUCAUCCAAUCGCUGCUGUUCAGGUAGAAUAUAGUCCGUGGUCUCUUGACAUUGAAGAAAAUGGACUUAAAAAAGCUUGUGAAGAACUUGGCGUUACAAUUGUUGCGUAUUGUCCAUUAGGGCGUGGUCUUUUAUCGGGAAAAUAUAAAUCCCCAGAAGAUUUUGAGCCUGGGGAUUUUCGUAGAACACAACCCCGUUUUGUAGGUGAAAAUUUUGCAAAAAAUUUAGAGCUCGUAAAAGAAAUUGAAAAGUUGGCCAAAAAGAAAGGUGUUACUGCUAGUCAACUUUGUUUGGCAUGGAUUUUGGCUCAGGGUGAAAACAUUGUUACAAUUCCCGGUACUAAAAAAGUGAAAUACUUGGAAGAAAAUAUUCAAGCCACUAGUGUUAAUUUGACCUUUGAAGAAUUAUCCGAAAUUCGAAAAAUUAUUAAUUCUAUUGAGAUCGCCGGAGGUCGAGAUCAUGAAAGUGCAUUAAAGGUAAUGUAUCUUUCGGAAAAAUUUUCGGAUAUUCCACUUUACGUAUAUA